AUGAAGAGAGCGGCAGAAGCCAAGCCCCCGCUGGCCCCCGGCCAUCCCAAGCCGCCCGCAGCCAAGAAGACCAAAGCCAUCCGCAAGCUGACCUUCGAGGACGAGGUGACCACCUCCCCGGUGCUGGGGCUGAAGAUCAAGGAGGGCCCGGUGGAGCCGCCCCGGCCGCGGACCCUGAGCUCCGGGCACAAGCCGCUGGGGGAGUUCAUCUGCCAGCUGUGUAAGGAGGAGUACAGCGACCCGUUCUCCCUGGCCCAGCACAAGUGUUCCCGCAUCGUGCGGGUGGAGUACCGCUGUCCCGAGUGCGACAAAGUCUUCAGCUGCCCCGCCAACCUGGCCUCCCACCGCCGCUGGCACAAACCCCGGCCCCCCGCCACCGUCCCCGUCACCAAGGAAGAGCCGCUCAGCGACCGGGACACCCCCAGCCCCGGGGUCUCCGAGUCCGGCUCCGAAGACGGCACCUACGAGUGCCCGCAGUGCUCCAAGAAGUUCCGCCGCCAGGCUUACCUGAGGAAACAUCUGCUGUGCCACGCCUCCGAGGAGCUCCUCUACUCCGAGGAGCGCAGCAGCGGAGGAGGAGGCGAGUGCCACCCGUGCCCGGUGUGUGGGGAGACCUUCCCGGGGAAGAGCAGCCAAGAGCGCCACCUCCGCCUCCUGCACUCCUCUCAGCUCUACCCCUGCAAGUACUGCCCGGCCACCUUCUACAGCUCGCCCGGCCUCACCCGGCACAUCAACAAGUGCCACCCAUCUGAGAACAGGCAGGUCAUCCUGCUGCAGGUGCCAGUGCGCCCGGCCUGCUGA